AGAACUACGUUCAUAUAAAUGUUCAAUGGCUGACAUUGUUCUACGGCAGUGAAAUCUGCAUUCAGCCUUCACGAGCGCACUGCAUUCCCAUCGUUUCUUCUUCUUUUCCACCAAGAGAGCCAAAGCCGUGAUGAUACUGACAUUGUGGAGGCACGUUCUGUUUGCGUUUCUCUCCGUGCUUUUUCUCUACAGGCCGCAAUCUCUCUGAUUAGUUCGAUGGCAUUAGCCCCUGUCCGCUCGCAGCGAUAGGACCCGCAGAUUCCGCUGCUCACCUGUAUAUCGCUGCAUUAGGACCAACCUGCAGCAGGUGGGUCUCAGAUAUCCGCCGUCAAACAGUAGAGUGUUUGCCGAGGGCAUUGAUUUGUGCACGGUCAAUUCUGUUCAAUUAUUGUCGCACCGCGGGGCAGAGAAUACAGACACGAAUAGAAACUAAGGUGACAACUUCUCAGUUUUGUGUAAUCAGUGAAACCAAUGGCUUAGGUGCAGCAGGGUCACGUGGUGGCGGUGACACAUCUGCGCAGGGCCUAUAGCGGCGACAGAUGCACGAGCAGCACAGGUAGAGCAGAGCACAAGGUUCCACGCAGCGAAGGCAAUAGGGCGCAUGUACAUGUGUGCACACACACCCGUUGGAUAGCCCUGGCCCUCGGCAGUCAUGAAUCGAGAAGAGCACUACUAUUCCCCCGCGCAGCUGUUCAAAGACCCCUGCCCCUACCAGAGACCCCACAGCGAGGAAUUCAGCCACAGCCCUCCGCCCUGCCUCUACAUGGGCCGGCAGGCUCAGUCCGUCUAUUCCUCGCCUUCCAUCGGAGGGCUAGACCAGGCAAGUCUCCCUGAUAUUGCUCCGUACAGUAUGCCCAUGCGAGAGGACCCAGGUGUGCCGCAGCUCCACCACCCCCAGGCGCCCCAGCAGACUCUCCAACCGGGGGGUUACGGAGACCCGGGGGAGCUGGCUCUGUGUGCGGAUAGGAACAGAUACCACCUGCCUUUCCCCUGGAUGAAAAGCACCAAGUCUCACGUGCAAACCUGGAAGGGACAGUGGGCAGGCCACUACAUGGAGGCAGAGGAGAACAAGCGGACAAGGACUGCCUACACGAGAGCCCAGCUCCUGGAGCUGGAGAAGGAGUUCCUGUUCAACAAGUACAUCAGCAGGCCGCGGCGUGUCGAGCUGGCCCUCACCCUCAGCCUCACAGAGAGACACAUCAAGAUCUGGUUCCAGAACCGACGGAUGAAGUGGAAGAAGGAGGAGGACAAGAAGAGAGUGAGGGGGGUCGAUCCCGAGCAGGACUCGUCCAUUACGUCAGGGGACCUGAAGGAUGAGGCUGGGCUGGGGGUCGCGGGGGCUGGGCUGGGGGUCGGAGGGGCUGGAAUGGGAGUCGGGGGGUCAGGGGUUGGGGUCAGGGUCGCGGUGGCAGGGGCUCCCACACCGGCACCUCUCACCACUACCACCACACCCCCCUCACCCCUACACUCCCACUCCCUGUCAGGUUCUAGAGACUCGGCUUAGCCGGGCUGAUAUUGUUGAAAAUUGGGCAGACACGGAAGAAAAGGAAGGCACUUUUCAAACAGACUCUGCUGGCAUCAUUCAUGUACGUUGUCGGCCGUGAAAGAUUGAAGAGACGUGAAAGGAGAGGACUGCAGGGGCAUUGUCUGUGAUGUCAUCAUUCUGUGACUGAACUGACCUCAUGUUGGUGUUGAGGACCUGAGGGGCAUGCACUGAUGAUGACACUUUGCAUUGGACAUACAUAUUGACCCACUUUAUACUAUUGCUCUGAUCUCUGGGCAGUAGCACCAGCAGCUUGCAGAGACCGUGGUGAUACAGACCACACAACUCUGGUGGGAGCUACUUUUAAAGCAAGCUUAGUGCUUUAAAACCAAUGCACUUCAGAUUUCAAACUUUUCUCUGAACAUUUUGGCAGUUUACGCACAGUACAUGGUUCUGCUGUCAAUAUUAACAAUACUGAUGCAUUUUCUGAUAAAUUGUUAUAUGACAAAAAUGACUCACUCACACCAGUUAUAUAGCCUUGUACAUGUACCUUAUGUUAUCAUAUCGUUGAUGUCUAAAUGAUAGGCACUGUGAAGAAUGUACUAUAUUUUGAAAUCUUUAUUAAGCUAUCAUCUCAGACUUAUCAAAUUAAAGUUAAUAUUUGAAAUCAGAAUAAAAUCAAUGAAACAUC